GAAGGCGGCUUCUUUUAUGUUGCUUCUACGAAAUCAUUGUAUUUCACUAAGGUUUUCAUUCUCGUACCAGUCGUAAUAAAACCGAUACAAAGUACCUUGCGCUUGGUUGUAAGCAGCUGAAACCGGAGGGAUUAGCGGAACUCUGUGUAAUUGGAAAGUCUGUAGGGGUUGGAAGGCCGACUCAAGGGGAAGUGGGAGAUAGGGUGCGCCAAAGAGAAAGAGACCCGUCAGAAAGUUUAUAGGCUUAAAAAAUGAAAUACACUACAAAAAGAGGUCUGAAGGGUAGGGAGGAAUUGUAGAUAGGGUGUACCUACCUGGGGGCUUUGCCGUCCCCCCGACCUAACAACACCUGCCUCCAGUUCUUUAGUUAUUUCCCUCCACGCGAGCAGUGAGCCAGCCAGUCGAAUUCAGUCCCUCAAUGCAAGAUGAAGCAGGCCUGAUGGCUUUUGACCGCUUUGUGGAUAACACGUCUAUUAACUGGGAGUUGCUUGCAGAAAAGUCCAAAGUUGGUGCUGACAGUAGUAGUGAUGAUAACGACUUAUCGGAUGAAAGGGAGGCAAACCCUAGGUCCAGAAAAAGUACACAAACUACUAAAACCCGUUGGACAAAAGAAGAGGAUAACAAGUUGAAACAGUUGGUAGAAGAAUAUCAGGAAAAUUGGUCUUUAAUAGCACAGAAAUUACCCCAUAGGACUGACCUACAAUGUCAACAGAGGUGGCAUAAAGUUGUCAACCCAGAACUUGUCAAAGGGCCCUGGACAAAAGAGGAGGAUGAAACAGUGGUUAGUCUUGUUGAAAGGUAUGGCCCUAAAAAGUGGACUCUUAUUGCGUGCUACUUGAAGGGUCGAAUAGGGAAACAAUGCAGGGAAAGGUGGCACAACCACUUAAAUCCAAACAUCAAAAAGACAGCAUGGACUGAUGAGGAGGAUAGAAUUAUAUACCAGGCACACCAAAAGCUUGGUAACCAAUGGGCAAAAAUUGCCAAGCUACUGCCUGGAAGAACUGACAAUGCUAUCAAAAAUCAUUGGAAUUCAACCAUGAGAAGAAAGUUUGAACACGAAGAGAUGGCUACACAAAAGAAAACAAAAAAUAAAUCUCGUUCUUCGUUUGAUGCGCCUGUGAAAGCAGAAAAGUAUCUAAACGAACACCAUUACAACUACCAGGUGCUAUCUCAGGAACAAGUGAGUCUUGAUAGUUGGCAAAACAGAACUUUUGGCUUUUUUGAAUCCCCACCAAGACCAUUAACUGCCCCACCGAAUUCAACUACAGCCAAUUUAAGGGAAACUGAAGAUUCGAAGCAAAGUUUGUCAAAUGAGCUAGGUGAAUUAGCCGUGGCGGAGUUUAUGACAACAAGAGGAGGGAGUUUCCCACCUUCACCGAUGAAUUCUGCCUUUAAAGAACGUAUCGCAGAAUUAGGAGCUGAUAAGGAAAGUCAAGAAUCGAUGAUGGUAACACAGACUCGAACCAGUGAAUCACCUCACAUUCUAAGGAAAACUAGAAGAAGACGAACCCAAUCUGAUUCUUCUUGCUCUCCUGAUAAAGUAUACCAACAAGCUGUCACAGAAAAUAGCAGGAUUCAUUUUAUUCAGCAUAAAACACCUGAAAAAUCUCCUCCUUUAAAACAGCUGCUGUUUAGUCCAUCACAGUUCCUCAAUAGCCCUAGUUUAUCCUUUGAUGUAAAUUUAUCAUCGACACCUUUGAGAAAUGGGUGUGUAACUCCAAUAAAAUCCCAACCUCCCGACUCUCCAGGGCCCUUAGUUACCCCUACACCUUUACCUCUUCAUUCAGCCAACAACAGUCCGCAUGUUGACAUAAAUGGAAUGAAAAGAUGUGACAUCACGCCAGUCAAAAUGAAACAGCCGUGCAUCGGAACACCACGUACACCAACACCAUUUAAGAAAGCACUUGCUGACAUGGAAAAACGAAUCGGCAUGAAAUAUCAGCUCCAGUCACCUUCUCAUCUUGUAAAAGACAUUGAAGAAAUUCUACAAAAAGAACAAGAAGAUCAGUCCGAUCAUUCACAGUAUGAUAUGGAUUCAAGUGGUGUUCGUCAGAGUGAAGAUAGUGGUUACUCUAGUAAAAGGAAAGGUAGUAUCCUGCAUGCUGGCAAAGAAAAUGCCCAACCUCAUAAAAGGGCCAGAAAGGCAUUAGCAUCGUCCUGGACGAGCUUAGGAUCACAUCUGACAAACAAAGAUACAACAGAAGCUUCAGCCCACUCUUCCAAUCACAGGCUCUUAGAUGAAGAAAGUCUAGACGCUUUUGAUAAUAAUGGUGAAGACAAGAAAGCGAUCGCCAGAAAAUUAUUGCCUGCCACUAAAUUAUCAGUGGUAAAGCGAAUUGACUUUGGACUACACACCAACGAUCGCAGUCUUCCGAAGGUGGCUUUAAGUUGGGAGACUGUCGCUUGCGGAAAAACCAAAGACCAACUUCAUCUCACAAAACUUGCUCACCGAUAUCUCUCUACCUCACAAGAAAAUGGUGAUUUUUGAGACACCUAAUUCUUUCUAGAGACUCUGUCCCUCUAGUCUGUAAAAUUUUAUCUUAAAUUCCUAUUUGGUGUUAUGGCAUCAAUUUGUACCUAUGAAAUAUAUUUAUUUAUCGAUUUUAUUAAUCAAUUUUUUAUUAUAUAAUUAUUAUUAAGCGUGAUAAGUCCCAAAAGACUUUAAAGAUGUUUUCUGUAAUUAACUUUUAGUUGCCAAUUAUGGUUAAUUGUGAUUGAAACUUUCAAUUUUAUGUUACUAUUAAUUAACUGAGCCAGCUCACAAAUAAUAAAGAGCCUGAGAGAAGUAAACACAAUGCUGUUUGACUUAUGACUUAAAGUGUAAAUAUAUCUAUGUAUUUAUUUUUUUUCUCGUAAGUGUGUAUAAAAUUUGUUCAAUAUUUUAUUUAUGUAUAAAUGUAGUGCUAGAAAUUGUUAAAAUAUUUUCAGAGAAUAUAGAUUUUUUUAUCAUUUAUAUUUAGUUUGCAAUAACAUGAAUAUAUAUUUGUUUUUGUCCAUUGUAAAUAGAUAACACAUGGAUUGGAAUAUGUCAUUUACCUUUUAGGCUAUGAUCACCUUGAUUUUUUAACAACAACCAAAAUAAAAAUAAUUGCUUUAA